AUGCUCCUCGCUUCCAUCACUGUCCCAACAUGUCUUCAUUGUUCCUCCCUCGGUCUCUUCCAUCAGCUUCAUGGAGUAGAAGCUAUGUGUGCUGAGCUUAUGCAAUUACAUGCUGGUAUUAAGGAGUUGACUUCUACUCGCCAAAAACUUACUAGUCAAGUUCAGGGUAUGACUCAAGAUCUUGCUAGAGCUACUGUUGACCGAGUCUGGAACGAAAUCGCAGCGCCGGAUGGAGACUUGUUUCACCACUUUUCAUCUUUGCUGGAGUCGGCAAUUUUUCCAGCAAUAGUUAUGAAUGAAAAGGAUAUUAUGGAGUGGGAGGAAGAUUCAGAUGAGUACAUAAGAAAAAAUCUCCCUUCUGAACUUUAUUCUGAUGGUCAACAACAUGUAAAUGAAGAAGAGGUUGUUGGUGAGGCAUCUGAAGAUUCUGUUUUGCAAAAACUUCAAAAGGUAAAGUUGAUGGAAGAAAGGAAUAUGAAGCCACUUGAUUUAAAUCUUGCAGCAUUAUCAGCAAGAUGCAGUAAAGACUUGGAGUUGAAUUUGGCUAAGUCAUUAUUGAGUGAGAUGGGCCAAUGUACAACUGCUUAUCCAUAUAAUUAG